AUGUCGACCUCGUCGGAGUAUUCAGGAUUUUCCGGCAACCGGACGGCCAAGUCGCCGCCGGAGAAGUCCACGUUCUCUCAGACUUGCAGUCUAUUGAGCCAGUACCUCAAGGAAAAGGGUACCUUCGGAGACCUUACCCUCGGGAUGACAUGCACCGUCGAAGCAAACGGUUCUUCUGAAACAUCGUGCCACUCUGCAACAACCAUGGAGUUAUUUCCCACCAUUGUGACACAACGGAACCACCCUUCUGCUGCUGUGGAUUUCCUCUCUCAGCAGACUGCUUAUCCUCACUUCUCAGAGGUUCCAACCUUGGUUAAAUCAAGUGCUUUCAAGUCUAUGGAGAAAGAGCCUAAAGCUGCUCAGUUGACGAUCUUUUAUGCUGGACAAGUGGUUGUGUUUAAUGAUUUUCCCUCUGAAAAAAUGGAGCAGAUAAUGUCAUUGGCCAGCAAGGGAAUGUCCCAAAGCCCAAACUACUCUGCAUAUGCUCACACAAGUUACCAGCAAGGCCCUCAAGCACCAUCCGGAACAAUUGCUUGUGAUCUUCCAAUUGCGAGGAAAGUUUCACUUCACCGGUUUCUCGAGAAGAGGAAAGAUAGAAUCCAUAUAGUUAUUCAAACGCAAUUGAAGAUGCAGCAGCAGAGGUUAAGGCAGCAUGCCAUGAUGCAACCCUCUCUCUACCACCACCCUGCUCUCCUUACUCCUCCUCAGAUAGAGCCUAUCUUGAGUGGAAAUCUGCCACCUGGCUUUGAUUCAAGUACAUGCCGCAGUGUUUAUGUUGGCAACAUUCAUCCCAAGGUUACAGAAACCCUUCUUCAAGAGCUUUUUUCAGCUGCAGGCGCCCUUGAAGGAUGCAAGCUUAUUAAGAAAGAGAAGUCAUCCUAUGGCUUUGUGGACUACUUCGAUCGCAGUUCUGCUGCAUUUGCUAUUGUAACUCUCAAUGGGAGGAAUAUUUUUGGGCAGCCUAUUAAGGUUAACUGGGCUUUUGCUAGCAGCCAGAGAGAGGAUACCUCAGGUCACUUUAAUAUUUUUGUCGGUGAUCUUAGUCCCGAGGUAACAGAUGCGACGUUGUAUGCUUGCUUCUCUGUAUAUCCUACUUGUUCUGAUGCAAGGGUAAUGUGGGAUCAGAAGACAGGCCGUUCCAGGGGAUUUGGAUUUGUUUCUUUUCGGAAUCAGCAGGAUGCCCAAGGUGCUAUAAAUGAUUUGACAGGAAAAUGGCUAGGAAGCAGACAGAUUCGUUGUAAUUGGGCAACCAAAGGUGCCAGUGCCAGUGAUGAAAAGCAGGGUUCGGAUUCUAAAAGUGUCGUUGAGUUAACUAAUGGAACAUCCGAAGAAGGCCAGGAAAUAACCAAUGAUGACGCCCCUGAGAAGAAUCCUCAAUAUACCACUGUUUAUGUUGGCAAUCUUGCUCCUGAGGUUACUUCUGUUAAUCUCCAUCACCAUUUUCAUUCUCUUGGUGCCGGAACUAUUGAAGAUGUUAGGGUGCAACGAGACAAAGGUUUUGGGUUUGUGAGAUACAGUACCCAUGCUGAAGCAGCUCUUGCUAUACAGAUGGGUAAUGCUCAAAUUCUCUUUGGCAAACCUCUCAAGUGUUCAUGGGGUAGCAAGCCUACUCCUCCAGGAACAGCCUCUACUCCUCUUCCCCCACCUACUUCUGCGAAUGUGCCGGGCUUUUCUCUUGCUGGUCUUGCAGCAUAUGAACGCCAAAUGGCUUUGAGUAAAAUGGGUGGAGCAAAUGCCCUUAUGCUUCAGCAAGGACAACAUGCCCUAAAACAGGUAGCCAUGGGAAUGGGUGGUCCAGGGCCUGGUUAUGAUGCAAGGUUUCAGAAUGUUGCGACUACCCAGCACCUAAUGUACUAUCAGUAA